AUGGGGGCACUCGGCGGCAUCUCCCCUGGGGGGACGAUCACGAUCGGCAUCCUAGUCGGCCUCAUGUCCACAAGCGUACAGAGCUUGGGACUCACCCUGCAGCGCAAGUCGCACAUCCUCGAAGACGAGAAAGCCCCCCACGAGGUCCGACGGCCACCAUACAGGAGAGGACGAUGGCAGCUGGGCAUGGGCAUGUUUAUCGCCGCCAACAUCCUGGGCAGCACGGUACAGAUCUCGACAUUACCGCUACCUGUCCUUUCGACCUUGCAAGCCUCCGGGCUCGUCUUCAACUCUAUAUGCGCCACUCUCAUACUGGCUGAGCCAUUCACAAGGUGGUCACUCUGGGGAACCCUGCUGGUCUGCACCGGUGCCGUGCUGAUUGCCAUCUUCGGCGCGAUCCCGGAGCCAGCGCACGACCUCAAAGAACUGCUGGCUCUCUUGGGGCGUCGGACCUUCGUGGUGUGGAUGAUUCUUCAGGCGCUGCUCGUGCUCGCCAUCGCCAUCAUCACGGACAGUCUGAACCACUUUUCGAACCUCGGGCAGAACGCAAAGUUCCGCUUCUUUCGGGGUCUGGCAUACGGCUGCAUCAGCGGCAUCCUGUCCGCACACUCUUUGCUGGUCGCCAAGUCUGCGGUCGAGCUGAUCAUUAAGACGUUGUCCGGCCCUACCAAUCAGUUUGUCCACUGGCAGGCGUGGGCCCUCGUGCUGGCUCUGAUCACGCUGGCCCUGAGCCAGCUGUACUAUCUUCACCGUGGGCUGAAACUUGUCUCGACGUCCGUGCUGUACCCGCUGGUGUUCUGCAUCUAUAACAUUAUUGCCAUCCUGGACGGCUUGAUCUACUUCAAGCAGACCGACCAGCUCGGCCCCCUGCGCGCAUGUCUCAUUGCUCUCGGCACGGCCAUUCUCCUGUCGGGCGUCCUGGCGCUGUCGUGGCGACUGAGCGACGAGCAGCACACGCCUGGCGUUGGCCAGUCGUCCCUGGCCCCGGGUCUGGGCUUGGUCGAGGACACCGAGGGCGAAGAAGAAUCCCUCCUCGGAUCCGACUCGCAUGACGAGGCCGACAACACGCUCCCUACCUCGUACUCCACAUUCCACACGCCGCAAAACGGCGACUCGACCCCCUUGCUGCAGUCUCGCAAAAACACGGGCUCCUUCCGCUGGCAAGAACGAGCCGAGAUCUGGGAUGAGCUGGAAGACCAGGAGAACGAGAGCCGGCCGGCGGGCCGCCACAGGUCCAAAACGAUGCCGACGGGCGAGCACACGUCCCUCCUCGCCGCCAAGCGCAACGUCAGCGGCGUCAGCGCCGUCUCCUUUGACGUCGUCGGCCCCUCCUCCGCCGGCUCCGACUCGGCGCCCCGCCGGCCCUCGCGCCGCAGGCGAAAGUCGACCGGCUUCCCCGGCUUCACCGCCCGCAAGGCCCGCCCCAAGAGCAACUCGUCGCUGCAGGACGCGCUGGGCGGGCUCUGGAAGAUGAAGUGGUGGCGGUCCAGACACGGCAAGGAGCCGGAGGACCCCGAGGCCGCCGGCGUGGCUGUCGAGUCGCCGCGCCUCGGGGCCAGCGCGAGCGCGCGCGAGAGCACGGGGAGCAUCAUCCCGUGGCCGGCGUAUCGGGAUAGUCCAGAUGCGCCCGCGAGCCCGACGCCUGCGCCGCGAGACGGUGAGGCGAGGAGCGGCGGGCGGGGGAAGAAGAGGCAAGGAAAUGAUGAUCAGUCGCCUGUAUAG